UUUUGUGUUGCUGGAAUUCAAAGUCUAUUAAUGUUUGUAAAUGGAGAAGGGGCAUCAACUAGACCUCCAUUAUCUUUACCUGGACAGGAACCUCCUAUUGGACUCUGUCUUAAAGAGCCUUAUUUAAAUGUUUUGGACACUGCUGGAAUUUUGUUUAUUUUUAGUAUUCAUGAUGGUUCUUUAAAACAAAGUCUCGAGUUUCCCAGUGAUGAUGAAAAUAAACAACAACAACAAUCCCUCAAUCAAAAACAAAAUUUAUAUCAAUUAGCUAAUAUAGAUGGACAAACAUUUAUAAUUCCUCCUUUUAGUGGAUGUUUUUUUGAAUUAAUUGCAAUGACUAUAUAUUCACAAAUUGAAGAAAAUAUUUUACACGGAUAUUUAGAUAUUGCUUGUUCUAUGUUAGAAGAACAAAUUUCUGUUAAUUUUGAGAAUUUGAAUGAAUUAACGGUGAAAGGGAAGGGAGGGGGGGGCUUUAAUCCGUUUAGCAAUACUUUGGGAGUACCUACAAUGAAAUCUGUCUACCAUAAAGCCGUAAAUAGAUUUUCAGAUCCCCAAUCUUCAAAUUCCCUAUUUCCGUGUUCUAUCAAUUAG